UCGCCCAGCUGCCGGGUCCAUCCACCCCGCUCCGCCCGCCCGCCGCCGAGAUGCCUCUGGAGAACCUGGAGGAGGAGGGCCUCCCCAAGAACCCCGACCUCCGCAUCGCCCAGCUGCGCUUCCUCCUCAGCCUCCAGCCGAAGCGCCCCGACCCGGCCGUCCGCCAGGAGCUCAUGGCCGCCAUCCGCGAACACGACAUGGCCCCAUACUACGAAUCCCUCUGCAAGUCACUUGAUUGGCCGGUAGAUACAGAUCUCUUGAAUAAGAUGAAGAAGGCAAAUGAGGAGGAGUUGAAACGCCUUGAUGAGCAGCUGGAAGAUGCAGAGAAGAACUUGGGGGAAAGUGAAAUCCGUGAUGCCAUGAUGGCCAAAGCUGAGUACCUCUGCCGAAUCGGGGACAAGGAAGCAGCUCUGACUGCCUUUCGGAAGACAUAUGACAAAACUGUGGCUCUAGGACAUCGGCUGGAUAUUGUGUUCUAUCUUCUCCGAAUUGGCCUGUUUUAUAUGGACAAUGACCUCAUCACCCGGAACACUGAAAAAGCCAAAAGCCUAAUAGAGGAAGGAGGAGAUUGGGACCGGCGGAACCGUCUUAAGGUCUACCAGGGUCUUUACUGCGUGGCCAUUCGAGACUUCAAGCAGGCAGCCGAGCUUUUCCUGGAUACAGUUUCAACAUUUACAUCUUACGAACUUAUGGAUUACAAAACCUUUGUAACUUACACAGUCUAUGUCAGCAUGAUUGCAUUAGACAGGCCUGACCUUAGAGAGAAGGUUAUCAAAGGGGCAGAGAUUCUGGAGGUUUUGCACAGUUUACCCAAAGUCCGGCAAUAUCUUUUUUCACUCUAUGAAUGUCGGUAUUCAGUUUUCUUCCAGUCGCUGGCCAUCGUAGAGCAAGAGAUGAAGAAAGAUUGGCUGUUUGCGCCCCACUAUCGCUAUUAUGUUCGGGAAAUGAGAAUCCAUGCCUACAGCCAGCUCCUAGAAUCCUAUAGGUCGCUUACACUAGGUUACAUGGCAGAUGCUUUUGGAGUCUGUGUAGAGUUCAUAGAUCAGGAAUUGUCAAGAUUUAUUGCUGCUGGGCGACUACACUGCAAAAUAGACAAAGUCAACGAAAUAGUAGAAACUAACAGGCCCGACAGCAAGAACUGGCAGUAUCAAGAAACCAUUAAGAAAGGAGACUUGCUGCUAAACAGAGUGCAGAAGCUUUCUAGAGUAAUCAAUAUGUAACUUUUUAAAAAGCAAAAGGGGGAGUGCAUAAUUGAGACUGAACCAUUUUGGAAGUCAUCGCUGUGUGGUAUUACUUCUGCUAUUGCUGAGGAAAUUGGAACCGUGGUGUAGUUAAGGGUUUUUUUUUAUAGGCUACUUCCGUACGUUAACAAAACUGUAUAAAUGUUCUGUUCGUGUUUUCAGAUCAAUUUCAUUUAUUAAAUGUAUAAUACAGUUGA